AUGCUCGCCCACGUCUACGUAUCACAACCCCUGCCCAACCUGGCUCAAACGGAAGUCUACUUCCGUAUACCCGGUAUCUUAAUUCAGCUUAUCGACGGCUGUAGUCUUUGGCAGUUGGCCGACCCCUCAAACGUACCCAAAGCAAAAGAGCUGGAAGGCAUCGUCCAAUCGGCAGUUGAUAUAGCGAAUGCCAUCAACGAUCACGGCGUCGUCAUGAAUGACUGCCGACCACAAAAUGUCAUUGUCGAACGGGACACUCACAAGCCCUUCAUCCACGACUUUUCGCAGUGUUGUUUCAAGGAGGCUUGUGCGUAUGACCCAGACGACCCAGAUGACCAAGUUUAUCAGGAUGUUGUUUUCUCGCACGGUUACCCGAGGGCGAUAGGAAUGGUCAUGACGACGCGGGUUAAACUGGAACUGGGCUUCCAACUGAAUAUUCAUUAUCGCUAG